AUGGCUUCCUCUUCUUCUCCCCCAAAGCAUCUUGAUUUAAAUAUUGCUCCCAAAAUAACCAGUAACGCCAAAGUCUGGCGUCCAUCCUUUGUAUCCCAAAAUCGUCAUCUCAUGGUUAAUGAUUCUGUGAUGAUGAAUGAUAUGACUGAUGUCAUAGUAGCUAGGAAUUUCCAUACUCCUAUGGAUGAAAUACUGUUAACAGGAAUGUCUGACGAAGAGGCUAUUGAUGACUCAAUGACUUUUAGCAUUCCGAGUGCUGCUUUUGUUUCUAACAUGGUUGAUUGUUUAUGUGCCAGAGCAAACGAGAUUCAGGAGCUGAAUACUAAAAAUUGGUCUAUUCAGAGAAUGAUUCAUGAGUCUCAACAAGAGGUUGAGAAACUUAAAGAGGAAAAUAAGGUCAUGUUGAAACUGGUGAGUUCAUACUCCAUUGAUAUGCAGACAAGGCUUGACAUGCUGCAGAUUUUCAAAGAAAAUAUUUUGGGAGACCAUAAGAGGCUCAUUGGCUAA